AUGGAGUCAUUGAGAGCUUUGAUACAACAAUGGACAUACACAAACAGGAAAAAGGCACAGAAAACAACAACAUUUUUAACCCCUACAGUAGAGAAGAAAUUAGUCAACAACUUUGUGGACUCAUUGACAGAAAAUGUAAAACCAAUAAACAAGACCAUGUUCGAAGUCGUAGAACUAACCAGAUCAUGGGUCAUCAACCUCAAGGAGAAAACAUGCAGUUGCAACAGAUUCCAACUUGACGAGUUACCAUGUGCUCAUGCGCUUGCUGUUAUAAAAGAGAUGAACUUGAAUGUUUACAACUACUGUUCAGGCUAUUACACCACAAGAACAUGGCUUGAAACAUACAACGGCUCAACAUAUCCGUUGCGACACAUCGUAAAUAUUAAGUACAAUAAUAACUUCUUCUUUACAGUUUUAAAAGCAGUCAGUUGGAUAAUAGUUCUCUGUAGUUGUGCGACUGUAUAUAAAAACUUGAACAAUUAG